AGCAAGCGGUACUGCAAGCAAUGUUGUCCGGGUGGAAAUCAGAGCCAAGUGCCAUGUGGAGAAGUGGCUGUAGGUUCAGUGACGGUAAAAUCUGCAACGUUUUGAACCAUCGCAGCCGACCAUGAGUCUUUUACCUCGCACCGCCGAGGAGUUCAGCUCUGCUGAGUACUGGGAGAAGUUUUUUAAGAAGAGAGGGGAGAAGGCUUUUGAAUGGUAUGGAGACUACAACAAACUGUGCGGUGUGCUGCACAAAUACAUCAAAAUGCAAGAUAAGGUGCUGGUGGUUGGUUGUGGUAACUCUGAGCUGAGUGAACAGAUGUAUGAUGUUGGCUACAAGCAUCUGACCAAUAUAGACAUUAGUGAGACUGUGGUCAACAACAUGAACCAGCGAAAUGCUGAGCGCAGGCCAGGCCUUACCUUCUAUCAGGUGGAUGCUACUAAAACUCCAUAUGAGGAUGCAAGCUAUCAGGCUGCUCUGGACAAGGGCACCUUAGAUGCUAUGGCAUCUGAAGAAGAAGGAGCUUUGGCCAGGAACAUGCUCACAGAGGUGGGUCGUGUGCUAAGUGUUGGGGGUCGUUAUGUCUGUGUGACACUGGCUCAGGAGAGCGUGAUCAAGUUGGCUGUGGAGCAUUUUGUUCAGCUCGGCUGGGCAGUGAGGCUCCACUGCCUGCAGGAAGAAAACAGGACAGAGGAAGACUCGUUUGCUCUGCCUGUUUUUGUUCUGGUUUGCACCAAGUUCCGUCAGCCUAUGCCCACACCCAUUCUUGAGAUGUGCCUCGGAGAGGAUGGAGCCCCUGUCCGUCACACGCAUGUUUCUGAACUGUUGUCAGCUGUGAGGGAGCAUCAGGCUUACUCCGUCUUGAGAAAGAGGCUCCGGACGAACACUGAUGCCAACUCAAACCUGUCGCUCACGCUCUGCCAUGCAAAGACCGGCUUUCCCAGAUAUACUCUUACAAUACAAGAUUCUCCACCAGGUGCUAAGGUUCCAAGAGCUAACCAGUUUGCUAUAUUUAUUGUUCCUCAGGGGAGUGAGACAGCCUGGCUCUACAGCUCUGGUGAGGGGCGGAGGCAGCUAGCAGCCAGUGCUAACUUUCGACGCUUGGUUAUUGUAUCAAUGCACAGGAAUCAGGAGUACACAGACAUGCAAGCUGUCCAGUCAGAACUCUCACCAGUGGUGAUGGACUUGGCUCCCCCCGGUAUGCCAGCCAACCACCAGGUGCCAUUUUUGUCUGUGGGAGGUGACCUUGGCUGGCGAGAGGAGGUUAGCAGGGGUGUGAGUCAGCUGAGUGGGGAGUAUUGCGUGGAGAAUGUCAAAGGAGAAGACGGAGAACUGUAUCGCCGACUUGUUUUCCUGUCUAAUGCUGCCCUUGUCCAAUCAGAGAGCCGUCUUGUCUCAUCAAAUACUGCGACAAGUCAGAAGAGAAAGAACAAAAGGAAGGCCAAGGCAUCAGCGGCAUCAGCAGCUCCAGCAGCAUCUUCAACCUCCAUGACUGUGGACAGUGGCUUCCUCUGCUGUGCUCACCAUGAAGUCAUGGUGGCUUGUCUUGCUAUGCUUGGCGUGGGCAUGCCACAGAACAAAGACAUCCCAGUGUCAGUGCUCCUAGUGGGGCUUGGUGGAGGAGGCCUUCCACAGUUUCUGCGGGACUUUAUGCCCAAUGUAACUAUUGAGGUUGUGGAACUAGACCCAGUUGUGUUGGAGGUGGCUAAACAAUGGUUCGGGUUUCAACCAGAUGACCGUUUGACUGUCACUCUUGGGGAUGGUCUGGAACGCAUUUGUGCACUGGAAAAAGAAGGUGGUCAUUUGUUUGAUGCCAUCAUGUUUGAUGUAGACAAUAAAGAUAGCACUCUGGGUAUGAGCUGUCCUCCUGCUGCCUUUGUAGAAACCCCAAUCCUGCAGAAAGUCCGUAACUUGCUAACUCCCAGAGGUCUGUUCAUACUGAACCUUGCAUGUCGAGACCCAGCCCUGAGGAAAAGCGUGCUUGAGCGUGUAAGUGGUGUGUUUCCCACCAUCCUGUCUCGAAAGAUCGAAGAAGAGAUAAAUGAAGUCCUUCUGUGCUCUCGUGGCGAAAAGGAGACAUCGGACGCCACCCACAUUUUGCCAUCUUUAAACCAGGCAGCCAAGAAUCUGCAGAGUGCACUGUGCUCCAGCGGGACUGAACCCAGCCGUAGGCCGCAUAUAGACAUUGCAGAGUUGCUAAAGGACUUGAGAAUAGUGUGAAGCAUGUUUGUGACCAUUGAGGGUGAGAUUAACCAUGUGUCGGGACAGUUUUUGAGAUUGUGUGACAAACAUAUUAAAAUAUGGGAAAAAGUGCUUUGACUUUGCCAUUCAGUGCAAUGUCAUUUAAAGUGUAUAUGUGUAACAUAAACAAUCACAAAUAAACGUUUUAUCCUUUAAA